CUCCUUCCAAGGAGCAUCCUCGAAGCACCCUCUUGGGCUUGGAUGGCACUACCAGCCUGCCCCAGAAUCUCGGCAUGACUGUUGUGCCAAGGGGAAGCUCACCAACUCCUCUGAGUGCCAUCACCGGGGCUACUGGGAAGGCUGGACAAAUCGGUGGAGAGAUGGAUGAGGUGGAUUUUGGAGUCCUGAAAUUUAAACCAGCCUCCGAGGAUGUUGUGUCUAUUGCUCCUUCAACGACAGAGUCUGUGUUUGUGGAAGAUGCUUACUUUGCCUCCUUGUGGCAUGAGCUGGAGACGGAUGCCCGUGAGUUCGAGGCUCAGUCGUGGAGCCUGGCAGUUGAGCAGUCUUAUGCCAAGCAGCAGAAGCGGGAGGUCCUCAAGCGGCAGGAUGUCAUCUAUGAACUGAUGCAGACAGAAAUGCACCAUGUUCGGACCCUCAAGAUUAUGCUGAAAGUCUACUCACGAGCCAUGAGAGAGGAGCUGCAGUUCAGCAGUGUCGUCCUCCACCGCCUCUUCCCCUGUGUGGACGAACUGCUGGAUCUCCACUGGGCAUUCCUUUCCCAGCUGAAGGAGCGUCGGAAGGAGGCCCUGGAAGAAGGCAGUGAGCGCAACUAUGUCAUCCAGAGAAUUGGGGACCUCUUGGUGCAGCAGUUUUCAGGUGAAACAGGUGAAAAAAUGAGGGAGAAGUAUGGGAUCUUCUGCAGCAGCCAUGGUGAGGCGGUGAAUUACUAUAAAGAGCUGAUGCAGCAAAGCAAGAAAUUCCAAAACUUGAUCAAGAAAAUCAGCAAUUCUUCCAUUGUCAGGAGACUCGGGGUCCAGGAGUGCAACCUCCUUGUCACACAGCGCAUCAUGAAAUACCCUGUCUUGGUGGAGCGAAUCAUUCAAAACACAGAAGCUGGCACAAAAGAGUAUGAGGACUUGACCCAAGCACUACAGUUGAUCAAGGAGGUCAUCACAGCUGUCGACACCAAAGUGAAUGAGUGUGAGAAGGCACAGCGCCUCCGGGAGGUAGUCAGCAAGAUGGAGCUCAAGUCUUCGGGGAAGUUCAAAAAUGGGCUGGUCUUCCGGAAGGAGGACAUGCUCCAGCGGUACCUCCUGACUGAUGGGAUGCUGUCCUGGAAAGCUGCCUCCGGGCGCCUGAAAGAUAUUCUGGCUGUUUUACUGACAGAUGUUCUUCUGCUCUUACAAGAGAAGGACCAGAAAUACAUGUUUGCAUCUGUGGAUUCCAAGCCACCAGUGAUCUCCUUGCAGAAGCUGAUAGUUCGUGAGGUGGCCAAUGAGGAGAGAGCCAUGUUCUUGAUCAGUGCCUCCAUGCAAGGACCUGAGAUGUAUGAAAUUCACACCAACUCCAAGGAAGACAGGAAUUCUUGGAUGGCACAGAUACGGCGGGCAGUGGAGAACUGUCCUGAUGAAGAGGAGAGGAUGCUUGCUGACCCUGAGGAGGAGAGGAAGCAAGCUGAAGCAAGGGCUGCUAAGCUGAAGGAAUUCCAUGACCGCUUGAGGGUGAAAGACGACCUGAUCAUGCAGAGUCUGAAUGAGAAGCAGCAGAUAUACUUGGAGAUGGCGGAGAUCAAUGGCUUCGAGGAUGCCGCCCAAGCCUCCAGCCCCAUCUGCAGGACAGAGUCCCCUGAAGACCUGCAGGGGGAGCUCCUCGUCAGGCAGGCAGUGAGCGAAGUGGAGAGCAUCCAGACCUUGAUCUUUGCGCAGUUGGGGAGCAUGGCCUCUCGUCCUGAGGACGGCAGUGCAUCGGGAGUGCUGAGGCGAGCAGAGACCUUUGGGGGCUAUGACAGCACCACAGCUGGGCUAGCCAAAACUGGCAGUUUCAAGAAGAAGGUGUGUGGUGGAGACCAGUGGGCACGGGAGCGCCGAGGCCUCUGGGCCAAUCCUGAUGUGCUGCGCCAGGAGCUUCCUUCAGCCGUCAAUGAAGAAUCAUGCUUGAGCGACCUCUCAAGAUUGGAAUACAGCAGCCAACCUCAGCCGGUCUUGGAGUCAGAGCUUGUUCAAAGGAUACAAGCGCUCUUGAGGUUGCUUCUCAGCCUGCAGGCUGUGAUGGCGCAACAAGACAGCUACAUGGAACUGCAGCAGAGCAGCAUCCUGGACCGCGAGAAGCAGUUCCGCCUGCAAUCAACACGGGGGAGUCUGCUACUGGAGCAGGAGAGGCAGCGCAACUUUGAGAAGCAGCGGGAGGAGCUCGCUCACGUGCAGAAGCUGCAGAGCCAGCUGAAGACGGAGCGCCUGCGCUGGGAGCGCGACCGUGACCACCAGCGGCGGGAGAUGGAGACAGCUGAGGCCCAACGGCAGGAGCGGGAGGAGGUGAUGCGGCAGCUGCAGAGCCGCCUGGGCCAGGAGAGGGAGGAACUGGAGCGGCAGCGGGAAGCCUACCAGCACGACCUGGAGAGGCUGCGGGAGGCCCAGCGGGCCGUUGAGAAGGAGCGGGAGCGCCUGGAGCAGCUGCGCAAGCUGAAGAAGCCGCCGCCACCCGUGGGACCGGGCACCUUUGCUCCCGAAAUGGGCCCAGGGCACAAUCUGAGCCAUUCAGUUAGCUUCAAUGGGGAAGGGCUGGAAGGAAGUGCCCCCCCUGUGAAGCCCUGUGGACGUGCCAGUGUCUCUGGGGCGGACUACCUGGAACGGACGGAGCUGGCCCGACGGGACAGUGCUGUAGCGGAGGGGCGUCCUGUGCUCAACCUCAAGAAUGAGGUGCCUAUUCACCUCCUGAGUGCUACCAACCAGAUCCAGAAGCAGGCAGCUGUGCAACAACAGAUCCCUACCAAGCUGGCAGCCUUUACCAAGGGCAGCAAGGAGAAGGGCAGCAAGCCUGGGAAGGCCUCCCAUCGGGUGGACAGCUCCACAUCAGUUGAUCUGAGGCAACUGCUCAUGCCCAGGUUGGCUGGGAAGGACGAGUUUGGGUCCCGCAGCAGACGGUCAGCAAGCCCAGUCUUUCUACACAACCAGAACGUUGCCUUCCUGCCAGAAACCCCUGGCCCAGCGGAGAGCCACCCGGAAGCGCUGCUCCCUCCUGCCAACCUUUUCAAGCCCAGCAGCGUUCAUGCCCUUCCACCCACCCAGGAUGAUGCUACCAAGGAGGACGUUAUCUUCUUCUAACUAGUAGCCAGGCAGCUUGCUCUUCAACCCUGAUGAAGGUUGACCUCUUUCCGCUUGGGCAGUUGGGGCCAAGCAUGGACUGGUAGCUCAGAGCUGUGGCCACAACGCUGGUGACCCUCUUGUGGGCUUUCCACACAGGUGCUUUGUCAUCACUUCUGUGCGGCUGGGGUCCGAGCUGUGGUUUGUGCCUCUCUAGCCUUCACACUGAACUUUGUGCUGCCCUGAAGCAGAGAGCGCCUGAGGCCAGAAACUCUGGGGGGGGGGAGGCAGUUGCGCAUCGGCUUGUCCCAGCCCUCAGCCAGGGAGAUGCACCCUCUUCUGCCUCCCUCUUCAGGGUACUGGGGUGGUUGCUUCUGCCAAAGAUUUUGGCUGUAAAUGGAGGCAAAGGAAUGUGCUGUUGUGGUGGCAGGUCCCCUUUGCAAAAAACAGGAAUGGGGGGGGGGGACACAGCUGCAGCGGGUGCUGAAAUAUCUGUAGCCUUGUGCUGCAGAAUGAAGGGAAUGAAGACUCUUUGACACCCAACCACGAGCUGAUUGAUGGGUCACUUUCCAACGGUGGGUUUCCUGUGUUCUGUUAUAGUCCACCCGCUUUUGCUGCUCCGUGUCGGUAUGUGCUGCUCUGCCUGGGAUUUUGAUGCAAAGUGCCUGGCGCAUGCAUCGCCCCAGCGGACAAGAGGCAAGGGAGUGUGAAUUGAGUGGUCCCUUCUGCCACAGUGUUUGCUUGCCUAGGUCACUUACCCCCUGAAUACCAUUUGUGCCAUACUCAUCAGUGUUUUCAAUCUCCAUAUAUACAGUUUUUGUACUGAGAAGAACUUGGAGCACUUUAGAACAUGGCUGCUGUUUUUUAAAAGUCCUCCCUGUUUUCUUCCCGUGGAGCUUCCCGGUGCCAGGAACUGUGUGAGUGUGGUUGGGCCCUGCCCUAAUGCUGCUUAUGUCUUAAAAAAAAAACCCCAUGCAGCCUGUCUUUGCCCUGCAUGAAUGAAGCUGCCCUGAUGCCACUUUGACAGCUUCGCCUUGUAGGUGGCCCCUGUAAGCUCAUGACCGUUCGUCCCCUUGCCUGUAAUUCUGUUGCAAGCUCUUUAUCUUGUUGCCCUCUUAAUUUUAUUGGUGAAGUGUCGCCAACUUUGUUAAAUUGUGCACUAUUUUAAUGAUCAAAAGGAUGAUCCAGGCACACCAAAUGAUUUUUUUUUUAUUUUUUAAAGCAGUGGUUCGAGUAGUUUCUUCUCUGCAGGAUGAUUUGGGAUACAUCUGAAAUCCUGACCCUCGUCUCCGCCAGUGAAUUAAAAAAAAUGAAAACCUCA